UGUGGUUAUGUACUUUUGUUUUGUUCUAACAUGUGCAUUAAAUUACUGUAAUAAAAUAUUCGUUAUAGGGAAUAAAGAGGUUUAAAUUAAAAAUUAAUAAAAAUGGGCCUUGAUGAGCAACAAGUGCAUAGGCCUGGGGCGUUUAAACAAGCCAACAAGGCGCAUAAACACGGUAGACAUCGAUCAAAAGGAUCCAUAAGUGUUGCUACUAAAGGAAAAGUUUCAUUGAAGACUAUCACAAAAAAGCAAAAACGAGAACUAAACAGGGACCAAAGACGUCACCAAUCAGCACAAAUACGCAGAAACAAACGGGAUGAAGUCUUAUCCAAGAAAAGAACUCUUGGGGGCCUUGAGUUUGCUCCAUUCUUAGUUGCAGUUGUACCAUUAAAUCAGGAGUUUGACCCUACAACUGCCAUCUCAUUGCUUUCUCAAUGUGAUGAUGAAGCUGUUGUAAGAAAAACUUCUUCUGGGGUCACCCAUAUCUGUAUUCCAAGGUUCAAAAAAAGAUACUCCUUAGUUGUCCCUAGUAAAGAUAAUGAACUGGACAUUUUGGACACAUUAAAAGUAGCUGACACUGUCCUGUUUUUGUUGUCUGCAGUAAAUGCACCUGAAGAAAUUGAUCAAAUUGUUGAUAAAUGGGGUAACAAAUUAUUAAUGUCUUCUCUUGCCCAAGGUCUUCCAACAGCAGUAGUGGCCUUGACAGAUUUAGAAAGUGUGGCUCCUAAAAAACGUAAUGAAUUUAAGCAAGAGGUGCAAAAAAUGGUGGGAAAGUGGUUACCUGAAGAAAAACUGAUGGUUUUAGACAAAAAUGCUGAUGCAAUAAACAUCCUCCGGAGGAUUGGAGAUCAGAAACGAAAAUCCGUUUUUUAUAGGGACAGACGACCUUAUUUAUAUGGAGAAGAAGUAGAAUUUGUUCCCAAUACUGAAGGUGCUUUGGGAACUUUAAAGGUGACAGGCUAUUUAAAAGGUGGAACAUUGUCAGUAAACCAACUAGUUCAUAUACCAGGCCUAGGAGAUUUUCAGCUCGCUCAAAUCGAUGCUCCAUUUGACCCCAAUAGGGUGGAAAAAACAAGGAAUAAGGAUGACUCCAUGGAUACUGGUACCACAACAAUUAGAGUUUUGGAAAAAUGUGAUCCAGCCAAACAAGAAUCUUUGGACUCUGAGAAUAUACCUGAUCCAAUGGAUGCUGAACAAACCUGGCCUACAAAUGAAGAUUUUGAAAUGGCUGAAAAAGAACAAAAGCUUAAAAAAGUGAAGAAAGUCCCUAAAGGAUGGUCAGAUUACCAAGCAGCCUGGAUACCCGAUGAUGACGCUGAGUUUCAAGAAGAUGAAUUUUCAGGGAGCGAAGACGAAGAUGAGUUUAUGGAUGCGAAAUCUGAAGAAAAUUCAGAUUAUGCUGACGCUGAAGAUGAAGAAAAAGAAUUUGAUACUGUUACCGAGUCAGAAGUAGCAGUAAAUGAUGACAAAUACGAUCAAGACAUGGACUUAAAUGCCGAAAAAGCUGACCUUGAAAAGAUAAAAGCAGCAAAAACGGAUCUUAUGUUUCCUGAUGAGGUCGAUACGCCAGUUGAAACGCCCGCAAGGGUACGGUUUCAGAAAUAUAGAGGUUUGGAAAGCUUCAGGACAUCUCCCUGGGAUGCAAAGGAAAACUUGCCAAGUGAUUAUGCCAGGAUUUUCCAAUUUGAGAAUUUUGAUAGGACAAAGAGAAGAAUUCUCAAAGACGAAGAACUUAAAGAGGGCGCAGAGGUAGGCUGGUAUAUAACAGUUCAUGUUAAAGACGUUUCCCAACUGAUGUGGUCUACCUUUGAAAAACUAAAGUCUCCAGUAGUAUUGAUGGGCAUGUUCCCCCAUGAGCAUAAAAUGUCCGUUUUAAAUGUAGUUUUGAAACGAACUCAGAACUAUGGGUAUCCCAUAAAAUCCAAGGAAAGGCUUGUGUUUCAGUGUGGGUUUAGAAGAUUCGUUGUAAAUCCAGUAUUUAGUCAACAUACAAAUGGACAAAAACAUAAGUUUGAACGAUUCUUUCAACCAGACUCCACUGCAGUAGCAACAUUUUACGCCCCCAUACAGUUUCCCCCGGCUCCAGUAUUAUGUUAUAAAGAAGUACUGGGAACCUUAGUAUUGGUAGCCACUGGAUCCUUACUAUCUUGCAACCCAGAUAGGUUAAUUAUAAAGAGGCUUGUCUUAUCGGGGCACCCUCUGAAAAUCUACAAAAGAUCCGCGGUUAUCAGGUUUAUGUUCUUCAAUAGAGAAGAUAUUAUAUAUUUUAAGCCUUGCAAACUCAGAACCAAAUUGGGGAGAAUCGGACAUAUUAAGGAACCUCUAGGUACCCACGGACAUAUGAAGUGCGUAUUCGAUGGUCAGCUAAAGUCCCAGGAUACUGUUUUACUUAAUCUCUACAAACGGGUUUUCCCAAAAUGGACGUACGAAAAUCUGGUUGUUAGCUGUGUAAAUGACAAUAUGGAGGCAUAGAAAUUGUUCGAAAAAAUAAUUAUAUACAUGCGACCUUUAGUAGCCGCUUUAAAGAAAUUAUAUUUAUUCAAUGUCAUUGUGGCAUUCGUUUUUUUUUAUAGUAAUGCAAUAUAAGCAGUGUUUAUAUUUGCAUAAAUUGUUAUUUUGUAAAUUUACCAAUCAAAUAAAACUUUAAUUUAAACUGA